AUGGCCCCUCUCAACUGCCACGAUUCCAUCUGGUGUUUCCUCCAUGGUAUUAUCCUCAAUAUCCCGCCCAAUCGGCUCCCUCUCUUCCCGGCUCUGGCGGGCUCCGUCUGGUUCCUGACUCUGGCGUCUCUCCUCUUGACUUGGAUUGCCUAUGGGAUGCCGCAGUAUCCGGGACAGUAUAAUCCGCACAUUGCCUUCAUCUCCGAUAUCGCUUCCUUCGAGUUGAAACCGCUGUUUCUGGCCGGUGCGUCCAUCACCGCUGUCGGGUUUGCCUUUACCGUUGCAACGGUGCAUGUGGUGCGGUAUGAACCGGGGUUUGCCUUGGUGAGAUGUCCUCAUCUGGAUGAGUCGGGAGAUGACGAGACGAGGAAUAAUCAUAAUCAUGAUGACAAUCAUGAUAAUGAACAAGGAGAAGACGAGGAAGAAGAAGAUCAUGAUACCCUCAAAACCCUCAAAGUAGUCUCUCUCCUCUCAAUCUUCGCCGCCAGCAUAGCCAGUCUGGCUCUCAUCUUCCUUGGAGUCAUGGAUACCUUUCGAUACAAACAUUUGCAUCAUAUCUUCCUUCGUAUCUGUUUCGCUGGGCUGGCCGUGCAAUCCGCCUGCACUGCUAUUGUAUACUUCAAUGAAGUCCUGGGGUUCGUCUCCUACGUCUAUCAUCUAGGUAUAUGGCAGCAUAAUUGGGGGAGGAGAAGUCGACGGGUACGAGUUUUUGCCUCGCUCUCUACCGCUCUCAUUCUCAUCGAGGUCUUUCUAGCCGUCGCUUUUAUCUCCCUCACCGUGUCGGACGAUGCUCCUCCCUCUGCAUAUCGUGCCGCCGGCAUCCUAGAAUGGAUCAUUGCUUUUCUUGGAACGAUUUAUCUGUGGUUGUUCUGUGGGUUUUUGGAUCAGACCAACUUCCACAACUGCGUUCCGAGUCCCCUCUAUCGUCCAGGCAGGAAGCCCUCCGUGCAGGAUCUUCCCUCAUCCUCGAGUGCGUCUCCCACAAACUCGGACCCUGAACGGGCUCCCUUACUGGCGCAUUCGGAAGGUAGGAAAUAUACGUGA